GGGGAUUUUCUUUGACAAGUUUAUAGAAGAAUGUAGACGUUGUGAAUAAUUUUAAAGAACUAAAGAAUCAAAACGGAUAUGCUCUUUUCGUUCUUGAUUUAUAGUAAGGCGAGAUGGUGGUUCAUAAUAGAAGCAGCACAAAGGGCAGAAAAAGAAAGAAAAAAACUGAAGAUUCUUAAAGAAAAUAAAAAUUUCUUCUUUUGUUUCUCUUCAAUCUUUUAUUACAAAUUGAAACUGUUCGGUUUAGCUGAAAAUCCUUGCAUUGUGAGUUUAGCUUGCUAGCCUCCAUAACAAUUAUUCAAUAUACUCCAUAAAAUGUCAGAAGGAAACGCACAGGAAAAAAAGAUUGAGAAUGAACCUGUCAACAAUGAACAGGAGCAAAACGAGCCUCCUAAAAAAAGAAGGAAAGAAGCCCGAGCAGAAAAACUAAAAGCCCAAAAAUUGGAGAAAACUCGAGAAAUCGUUGAGAAGCAACGAAAGAAGAGGAUUAAAUUGGAAGACGUGUCCUUGAAGUCUCUGUCCAAAUCGAUGAAGGACGACUCAAACAGCUCUGAACUGAAAAUAGAAGAAACAGGUUGUUCAAGUCAGACAAAAGAGCAGGAACAACUUGGUUAUCAGAUGGGUGAUAAGCGGGGUAAUCUAUUAUUGUACGCUUUAGAUGAAACUGCUGGUUCUUCAUUUACUAAAGAAUUGUUCGGAACUAUUCAACAGUUUCUUUCUGCUCAAAAGCAGGAACCAAAACAAACCUACUAUCUUUUUGGAACGGAUUACGACAAACGAGGAAAAUCACUAAUUAAAUCUGCUGAUACUGUUCGUUCACUUGCGUAUAGUGAGUUGAUUCAAAAAUGCUCUCCUUUGUUUCGGUUUGCAAGUGGACUCUUAAGUGCACAUACGCCCAAAUAUCAUGAGUCCUUACUAAAAUUAGAGUUGGCUCCUCAACAAGCACGUUUCGGUGCUUUUCCUAACUUUUCUAUCCGUCAAAUUGAAGCUGAGAAUAAGGUAUCCAUUCCCGUGUCUGACUCAUCUGUCAAGUAUGGGUUUACAGUCAUUAUCGUUGUUGGUGAUUUACAAGAUGUGGAAUUAAAAAUCCCUGCAAUUAAGCAUUCUGUUCGUUUACAUGACGGAAUCAUUCUAGUCCUUAGAUCUUCGCUCCUCCAUCAAUGGUAUUCUCUCAAUAAGCCAGGAACAUUCUACGAAAUGAGGCUCUUUGCAUUUUCUUCUCUUUGGGAGUCAACACAAAACCAUUCCAUUGAAUUUCAAAAAGAAGAGUAAGCGUUUAUAAGUCUUACUGUCUAUAAAAAGGGAAUAAUAGGGGUUUUGGUAUAAAAAUUCUUUUGGUAGUUUAAUUUCUCUAUACAAAAAAACAUGGUGAAUUUAUUUAAAUCUGAUUUUAUUUUUAUCAUCAAACCUAAUUAAAUUGACCGUAUA